AUGCCCGCUUCCCCAGAUGCCGUACCGGCAACACCUCGCGUGAUCUCCCCGACACCAUCUCUUUCGGACCCAUCGGAGGCACAUGAUGGAUAUUUCGCACCGACAACACGGUCCGCUGCGCGCCGACAACGCCAAUCUGAAGGUACAGGACAAGCAACAGGCUCAGAGCGGAUACCGAGGUCCACCACAACUCCCUCCAGACCCGCACGCCGAUCAAACCCCAAGAUCCCAGCUUCGCCGCCGCACACGCCCAAUGGCACCUCUUCAAAUGGCUUCUUGUCACCAUUAAACAUUCCGGAUACACUGCGCGAUCUCUCGCGGUCCCCAUCCCCUCUCGGACUUAUCCCGCUACAUUCUCGCUAUCGCUCCUUCAUUCACCGCCAUGAAAUUCCCCGCAAACUCCUGCACGUGUCCAUCGGGUUCUUGACAUUGCAGCUGUACAGGUCGGGCGUGCAGACGUUACAAAUCACCCCGGUGCUUUUUUCUGCCUUGGUUCCCAUCGCGGCCACGGACUUGAUCCGCCAUCGCUCGGAGAGGGUUAAUAAGUUCUAUAUUCGAUGCAUGGGUGCGCUUAUGCGUGAAACUGAGGUUUCGGGCUAUAACGGCGUUAUCUGGUAUCUCCUCGGGGCGUACGUUGUCCUGCGCUUCUUCCCCAAGGAUGUUGGAGUGAUGGGUGUGUUACUCCUUAGCUGGUGUGACACCGCCGCGUCAACAUUUGGCCGUCUGUACGGCCGCUAUACCCCUCAUCUUCGGAAGGGUAAGAGCUUGGCUGGCACCGCAGCUGCUUGGGCUGUUGGUGUUGCUGCCGCCGCCGCUUUCUGGGGCUGGUUUGUGCCUUACAUUGGUGCAUUCCCUAACGACCCUGAAGAUGCCUUCAUGUUCACUGGACGCUUGAACUUGCUUCCAAACUCUGUUCGCGGUCUUCUGGGCUGGGAAGCCAGUGACUCUGCAGUCAUUACCGGGCCUCUGGCUUUGGGUGUGAUGAGUGUCGUUUCUGGUGUUGUCGCUGCCGGCAGUGAGUUCAUCGACUUGUGGGGUUGGGAUGAUAACUUGACGAUCCCUGUCCUCAGUGGAAUUGGACUAUGGGGAUUCCUCAAGGUUUUUGGAUAG